AUGGUUAAGCAAAAGGAAUCGCUGAAGCGGGAAGUAAACUUCAGGAAGCUAGAAGGGUCGGAAAAGGUUCAGGAUGCGGAUGUAGUUAUUCCUCGCGAGGUAAUUAGAAAAGCUCAGGAAAAGCUUGACAACGUUUUGUUUGGUUAUUUCUUGGGGAAUAGGCUUCCUUUUCCGGUAGUGGAUUAUUAUGCAAAGAAUGCCUGGUCAAAAUUUGGUUUCGUUAAAGCGAUGAUGAACUCUUUGGGUUUCUUUUUCUUUAAAUUCGAGUCAAAGGAGGGUAUGGAUAAGGUUCUUGAUGCGGGGCCGUGGCUAAUCAGGAAGGUUCCUUUAUUUCUGAACGUCUGGUCUCCAUCUAUAAGCCUCAAAAAAGAGGGUAUUAAAUCAGUUCCGGUGUGGGUUAAAUUACAUAAUGUACCGAUAGCGGUUUACACGGAUGAUGGGCUCAGCUUACUAGCGUCAAAAUUAGGAGUCCCAAAGAGAUUAGAUUCUUAUACUGCGGAUAUGUGUGUUGAGAACUGGGGGAGGAGUAGCUUUGCCAGGGCCCUAAUUGAACUCAAUGCGGAGAGUGAGAUAAAAGAUCAUAUCACUAUUGCUAUUCCGAAACUUGAUGAGGAGGGAUAUUUAAUGGAAAGAGUGGAUGUGGAAUAUGAAUGGAAACCAUUAAGGUGCUCUUUGUGCUGUGUAUUCGGACAUAAUGACCAGAAUUGUAGUAAGAAUGUUCAAGGCAAAAAGAACCAGGUGGUUAUUGAUGAUGAGGGUUUUAUUUCGGAUAGGAGGAAAACGAUUAAAUUGAGACCAGUGCAGAAAAACCAAAAGCGAGGCUUAUCUAUAAGCCUAAGAUGA